AUGAAAAAUCUUUUUGGAAGAUUAAACGUAAGGAUUCCUGAAGCGUUACAGCUGAAAAUCCUUCUGAAGAACUUGUUACCAUCGAUUCAACGACAAUUGACAUUGAUAGAAAUUGGAUCGAUCGAGCAACUUUUGCAGUUGGGCAGAAAAAUUGAAGCUACGAGAGUCACUGCAGAAAAAUACGUACCACCCCCGAAACGCUGUGAAGCACUUGAGCCUGAUUUGGCAUUUGUUGGCCCUAGUGGAAUAGAAGAUUCCUCUGCUGUGCCGGAAAAUAAUAAAAGUUGUAUCAAAGAAUGUUGGAACUGUGGUAAGACGGGACAUCUCUCAAGAGAUUGCCGCAGUCCACCGAAGAAAAGGUGCUACGGUUGUGGAAAACCAGGUGGCACGUCGGUAGACCGUCGUCCGUGUCAAGAAUCUAGAAGUAAAGCGGUUGAAGUUAUUUUGGAUUAUAUAUUUACCUCUGUCAGAAAUGAUGAGAGACCGUACAUCGAAGUAGAUAUUUUGGGAAGAAGGUUAGUCGGACUCUUGGAUUCGGGAGCGACAAACACAAUUUUGGGAAGUGCAGGUAUCGCGAUAGUGAAAAGUUUGAAUUUAGUUGUUAAUAAGUGUAGUUUUGCGUGUACCGUGGCUAAUGGUGAAAAGUGUGAAGUUACUGGUGUGGUCAGCAUACCAAUUACGUUAUUGAAUAAAGUAACUGAGAAUGUCCUGGGAAAAGCAGUCGCUGUAGAACACAAGAUUGUGAUAAAGGGAACACCAGUGAAACAGAGAUAUUAUCCGGUAUCUCCAGCGAUCCAGAAGGUAAUCGAUGCGGAGCUCGAGGAGAUGUUAAGUAUGGACGUGAUCGAAAGGUCAGAUAGUCCCUGGGCUUCUCCGAUAUUGUUAGUACCUAAAAAGGAAGGUGGUUACAGAUUUUGUGUGGAUUAUCGUAAAGUCAAUCAAAUGACAGAAAGAGAUGCAUACCUCUUACCUAGAAUUUCAUGGACAUUGGAUAGAUUGAGAGAUGCCAAAUACCUAACAUCCUUAGACAUUAAGUCGGCGUAUUGGCAGAUUCCAAUGGAAGAGGGAAGUAAGAAAUACACUGCCUUUACGAUUCCUAAUCGAGGGUUGUACCAAUUCAAAAGAAUGCCUUUUGGCUUGUCAAAUUCAACAGCAACGUGGCAACGAUUUAUAGACUCAGUUCUUGGAACGGACUUGGAACCCUACGUUUUCGUGUACUUGGACGAUAUUGUUAUAGUGACAUCGACUUUCGAAAAACACUUAGAAGUCUUAACUGAAGUUUUAAGACGUAUUAAUAAAGCUGGACUGACCUUGAGUCGAGAUAAAUGUAAAUUUUGUAGAGAGUCACUUAAAUAUCUGGGCUACGUUGUAGAUAAAAAUGGAUUACAGGUCGAUCCAGAAAAAGUAAGUGCCAUCUUAGAAAUACCAACACCUCGUAAAGUUAAAGAAGUGAGACGCAUGCUAGGAGUUGCGUCGUGGUAUCGUAGAUUUGUACCCAAUUUUUCUACCAUCAUUGCACCUUUAUCGAAUCUGCUUCGUAAGAAUCAAAAAUUUAUAUGGAGUGAGGCUUGUGAGAAAUCUUGGACACAAGUUAAGGAAAAUUUGAUAACUGCACCGGUUCUUUCUUGUCCAGAUUUUCGAGAGGAAUUCAGCAUGCAAACUGAUGCUUCAGACUAUGGUUUAGGAGCCGUGUUGAGUCAGGUGAUUGAAGGAGAAGAGCGAGUAAUAGCGUACCUCAGUAGAUCGUUGACAUUGCAGGAAAGAAACUUCUCGACCACGGAGAAGGAAUGCUUAGCAGUUUUGUGGGCCAUCGAAAAAUUGAGACCUUACGUGGAGGGAGCACAUUUUAAGGUGGUGACAGACCAUUAUUCAUUGAUAUGGUUGAACAAUCUAAAGAAUCCUAGUGGUAGAUUGGCUAGAUGGACCGUGAGAUUGCAACAGUAUACCUUCACCAUAGUUCACAGGAAAGGGAAAGAUCAUGUGGUCCCAGAUUUAUUGUCCAGAACGGUACCUGUAGUCGUAGAAGAAUUAAUGAUUAACAAAAAAGAAAUAAAACGUGAUCCUUGGUAUGAAAAGCUUAAAUUUUUGGUAAAACAUCAACCACAGAACUUUGGAAAUUAUCGACUCGAAGGUCAAACGUUAUUGAAGUAUGUUCAAGGAGGAAAGAAAGGUACUGAUAAUAAUGAACAUUGGAAUGGUCGUGGAUAUGCGUAUAUUCUUGUGGUGCUGGACUUAUUUAGCAAGUUUCCGUUAGCUUUCGCGUUGAGACAAGCAACGACAUCAGCGAUAAUUAAACAUUUGGAAGAAAAUGUGUUUUUGAUUUUUGGAGUACCAGAAGUAAUAAUUUCCGAUAAUGGAGUACAAUUUAGAGCAAAGGAGUUUGAAAAAAUUCUUAAAAGUUAUUCGGUACGACAACAGUUCACCCCAUUCUAUCACGCUUGCGCAAAUCCAACAGAGAGAGUUAAUCGGACCAUAAAAACUAUGCUGAUCGGAUAUGUAAACGAUAAUCAUCGAAAGUGGGAUCAAUAUCUGCCAAAAAUUUUAUGUGCGUUACGUACGGGAAGAAAUGAGGUAACCGGAAGCUCACCAUACUUUGUUAACUUUAAACAGGAAAUGGUUACUAGAGGAGAAGAUCAUCGAAAUUGUUGGAAUACGGCUGUGAGUAAUAAAGAACAUCAAAUUAAACAUACUAAUCAGUUAUAUGAGGAAGUGCAUAGAAGAAUAAAGGAAAGUGGAGAACGAUCAACUAAUAGAUAUAAUUUAAGACAAGUACCUUCAAAUUUCCAAGAAGGAGAAAAAGUUUAUAGAAGGAAUUUCCAAUUGUCUGAUGCAUCGAAAGGAUUUAAUGCCAAGUUGGCCGAGAAAUUCGUUGGACCAUUUCGAAUUCACAAGAGGAUUACCACUGAUAUUUUCGAAUUGGAAAACCUCGAAGGAGAACGUUUAUUAGGUCACUGGCACAGCAACCAUCUAAAGAGAUGUCGAGAUUCGACGUAA